GCGAGGAGGAGCGGAUGCGGCGCCUCUUCCAGACGUGCGACGGCGACGGCGACGGCUACAUCAGCAGGAAUGACUUGUUGAUGGUCUGUCGCCAACUGAAUAUGGAAGAGUCUGUGGCUGAGAUCAUGAACCAAUUGGGCGCAGAUGAAAAUGGGAAGAUUUCCUUUCAGGAUUUUAUAAGAUGCCGCAUGCAGCUUGUGCGAGAAAUUAGGAAGGAGGAAGUGGGCCUUUCUGAGAAGUCAGACAACUCCUGUAGAAAGAAGAAGCUAAGGGACAGAAUUGCUUCCUGGCCCACGAGCAGUGACAACAGUUUGGGUGCCUUGUCGGCGGCCAGGGAGAGCUGGGAAUACGACUCGGGCGCCAGGGACCUCCAGAGCCCGGAGCUGCAGAGCCAGCCGGCCCUGCAGAGGCUCCUGGAGUGCGGCGGGAGCUCCUCGCAGCAGCAGGCCGCUCUGCACAGGCUGCUGGCGCAGGCCCCGCGGCUCGGCGACUCCGGAGGAGGAAGCUACCUAGAGCUGGCCAACACGCUCCACUUGGCAGCCCUGGCAUCACUAAAGGGAGACAUAGUGGAGCUUAAUAAACGUCUGCAGCAAACAGAGCGGGAACGGGACCUUCUGGAAAAGAAAUUGGCCAAGGCGCAGUGUGAGCAGUCCCACCUCAUGAGGGAGCACGAGGACGUCCAGGAGCGAACGACGCUGCGCUACGAGGAGCGCAUCACGGAGCUCCACAGCGUCAUCGCCGAGCUCAACAAGAAGAUAGACCGCCUGCAGGGCACCGCCAUCAGGGAGGAAGAUGAGUACUCAGAACUGCGAUCGGAACUCAGCCAGAGUCAACAGGAGGUCAACGAGGACUCUCGAAGCAUGGACCAGGACCAGACCUCAGUCUCCAUCCCGGAAAACCAGUCCACCAUGGUCACCGCCGACAUGGACAACUGCAGUGACCUGAACUCGGAGCUGCAGAGGGUGCUGACGGGGCUGGAGAACGUCGUCUGCUGCAGGAAGAAGAGCAGCUGCAGCCUGUCCGUGGCCGAGGUGGACAGGCACAUCGAGCAGCUCACCACGGCCAGCGAGCACUGCGACUUGGCUAUUAAGACAGUCGAGGAGAUUGAAGGGGUACUCGGCCGGGAUCUGUAUCCCAACCUGGCCGAGGAGCGGUCUCGUUGGGAGAAGGAGCUGGCUGGGCUGAGGGAAGAGAAUGAGAGCCUGACGGCCAUGCUGUGCAGCAAAGAGGAGGAGCUGAACAGGACCAAGGCCACCAUGAACGCCAUCCGGGAGGAACGCGACCGGCUCCGGAGGAGGGUGCGAGAGCUUCAGACUCGACUCCAGAGUGUGCAGGCCACAGGGCCCUCCAGCCCCGGCCGCCUCACUUCCACCAACCGCCCAGUUAACCCUAGCACCGGGGAACUGAGCACGAGCAGCAGCAGCAAUGACAUUCCCAUCGCCAAGAUUGCUGAGAGGGUGAAGCUGUCCAAGACCAGGUCUGAAUCUUCAUCGUCUGACCGGCCAGUCCUGGGCUCAGAAAUCAGCAGCAUCGGGGUAUCCAGCAGCGUGGCAGAACACCUGGCCCACUCCCUUCAGGACUGCUCCAACAUCCAAGAGAUCUUCCAAACACUCUACUCACACGGAUCUGCCAUCUCUGAGAGCAAAAUUAGAGAGUUUGAGGUGGAAACGGAACGGUUGAACAGCCGUAUUGAGCACCUCAAAUCCCAGAAUGACCUCCUGACCAUAACCCUGGAAGAAUGCAAAAGCAACGCCGAGAGGAUGAGCAUGCUGGUGGGCAAAUAUGAAUCCAAUGCCACAGCUCUGAGGCUGGCCCUGCAGUACAGCGAGCAGUGCAUCGAAGCCUACGAGCUGCUGCUGGCGCUGGCCGAGAGCGAGCAGAGCCUCAUCCUGGGGCAGUUCCGGGCGGCCGGCGUGGGGUCCUCCCCGGGAGACCAGUCGGGGGAUGAGAGCAUCACGCAGAUGCUCAAGCGCGCUCACGACUGCCGGAAGACGGCGGAGAACGCGGCCAAGGCCCUGCUCAUGAAGCUGGACGGCAGCUGCGGGGGCGCCUUCGCCGUGGCCGGCUGCAGCGUGCAGCCCUGGGAGAGCCUGUCCUCCAACAGCCACACCAGCACGACCAGCUCCACGGCCAGCAGCUGUGACACAGAGUUCACUAAAGAAGAUGAGCAGAGGCUGAAGGACUACAUCCAGCAGCUUAAGAACGACAGGGCCGCGGUGAAGCUGACCAUGCUGGAGCUGGAGAGCAUCCACAUCGACCCGCUGAGCUACGACGUCAAGCCCCGGGGAGACAGCCAGCGGCUGGAUCUCGAAAACGCGGUGCUGAUGCAGGAGCUGAUGGCCAUGAAGGAGGAGAUGGCCGAGCUGAAGGCCCAGCUCUACCUACUGGAGAAAGAGAAAAAGGCCCUGGAGCUGAAGCUGAGCACCCGGGAGGCCCAGGAGCAGGCCUACCUGGUGCACAUCGAGCACCUGAAGUCCGAGGUGGAGGAGCACAAGGAGCAGCGCAUGCGGUCUCUGAGCUCCACCAGCAGUGGCGGCAAAGACAAGUCUGGCAAGGAGUGUGCUGACACUGCCUCCCCGGCUCUGUCACUGGCUGAACUCAGGACCACGUACAGCGACAGCGAGCUGGCUGCAGAGUUCGCCAACGCCAUCCGUCGAGAAAAGAAGUUAAAGGCCAGAGUUCAAGAGCUGGUGAGUGCCUUGGAGAGACUCACCAAGAGCAGUGAAAUCCGGCACCAGCAAUCAGCGGAGUUCGUUAAUGACCUGAAGAGAGCCAACAGCAACCUGGUGGCUGCCUAUGAGAAAGCAAAGAAAAAGCACCAAAACAAACUCAAGAAGCUGGAGUCUCAGAUGAUGGCCAUGGUGGAGAGACACGAGACCCAAGUAAGGAUGCUCAAGCAAAGAAUAGCUCUGCUGGAGGAGGAGAACUCCAGGCCACACACCAAUGAAACUUCACUUUAAUCGGCGCUCGGGCACCAGAGUUCUGCCCACGGAAGCUAAACUACAGCAGGUCACCGGAGAGCGAAGGGCCCGGGGACAGAGUACCUGAUGGGAGAGUUAAGGACAGUUGGCAGGUAGGUCAGCACUUGGACAGUGGAGUGCCACGGACUCGGCCCUGGAGGUGAGCAUCCCCGGUGACACUAGGCUGUAUCCUGCGGAUCCUGCUCUUGCCUUCUAGCCCCACGGAUGGCACGUAGACGCCUGCUGUGUGCCAUGCUCAGCAGGCCUCCUUCCGCCUCCAGCACUGGCUUUGUCACUCUCCCACCUUUUCUGUUCUGGAGGUUGUGCGUCAGUGGUGUCCCAGGCAUUUGUUUUAUAGGAUUUCCCACUCUUUUCUUCUGUUUGGUAGACAGUGACCUUAUCUCUGGCAUCCCCAAUUUCUUCUCUUUCCCUCUCCUUCAGGGGAAAACGGACACACAACAGGGGUGUAUAUGUGUCUUUGUAUCUAGAUUUGCUUACCGCAGGAAGGCUCUGGUUUUCAAGUCCCACAUGUCAACUCAGAUACAGGAGGAUGGUACAUAGGUGUUACAGUCCUAGAGAUGAAGUGCUAGACAGAGCAACCCCAGGGCUGUGCCUGAACAAUUCUGUGUGCCUUCAGCUCUCAUGUGACUUUGCCAUUGCCCGUACCCAGCGGAGCCUUAUCAAUAGCCAAGGCGUAGAGCUGGGAGAAUCCUGUUGAUACAUGUAUUAGAACUAAAAUUUUAUCUGGAAUUUUUUCAAGAGCAAAGGAGCAUUUUUAGUGCUUUCUGCCCACCCCAGGGCACUACAUAAUUGCUGUUUGCAUGAAUCAAAGCUCCUCCAUAGGAGUAUGUAUGUAGCUCUGAACCUGCCUCUCUUUCUCUAAAGGCAAGAGACAGGACACUGAGUAGAUAAUGUUUUGCAGGCUGAUCCCACCUAUUUAAGAGACUGCUACUGAACCACCAAGUUUAAGACUUCGCUCCUGCUGUUAUGAAGGUGUUAUGAAGGGCAGGGGGUGAGGGAAUGGUCCUUGAGGCCUCCUUUUAUCCCCCGAGACUUGGUGAUGGUUAUUAACAGGUUAAAUUUCAAGCAAAAUGCUGACAGGGCUAGGUAGGACCAAAGUACCUGAAUUCUUUCAGGAAGGGCUUCCAUCUUAAAUUCAUUAUUCCUUUUCUACUGUAACCUUCACUGUUUUACCCUUUCAUUUCCUUCUGUAGUUGCCCUACAGAGACAUUUUAAAGGGACACUUGCCAUUUAUUCUGUAGCACCUGAAGAUCCACCCCAGUGCCACAGUUCACAAAGUUUUGCUUAUGACCAGGUUAUUGCAUUAGCGUCCCCGUGGCCACAAGCUAAAUGUGUUUUCAGAGAGCAUGAAUCAAGGUCCUCAGCCUUCUGCACAAUGGGGAAGGACACUCUAGCCACCAGCUUGGAGGGCAGAGUUUAUCCCAAAAGUGACCAACUUUCUCAGGUAAGCAGUGAGGCUGCCCAAUCUUCAAAAGGUCAACGGUCUGGAAGAACCAGCUUUUGGAUGCUUAGAUCACUGAGAAGUGCCUCCUGGUUCCUGUAAGUGAUUUUUAAAAUCAAUUUGUACUCUUUAGGUAAAAUUUCAUGUUGUCACAAGUAAAAUGUUUUGGCUGAAAAGUAUGUCCAAAGAUGGUUUAAUAGACAAAACUUGCAGUUUUCCCCAUUUUUCCAGCUUCCCUAGAGAAAUGUCCUCCUCUAAGCAAACUGGGAGCAUGUGCAAGGUGAGCGUGCACUCAUGGCUUCCUGACAGGAGUCAAGUCCAAGUUAAAACAGACAACCCAUCCUUUUAGGGUCAUGUGACCCUUCCAGACCGGAAAGUCUCGGCUAUUCCAUUAAGAGCCCCAUAUUACUGAAACUAUCUGGCCUCAUUUUGAGUUUAUACUUCAACAUAAUACUUUUCAAAUAUGUGGUGAUUGGGUGGAAACUAUGUCCCCAGUAAAACUGUUACUUUUAUAAAUGUGUAGAAUAAAUAUAUAUAUCAUUAAAUAGUU